AUGGCUCAAUCCCGUGGUGACAAUCGAACCUUUUCGUUCAAUAACCUCUUGAAGAUGCUGCUUUCACCUGGAUCGUCGGCCCGGCCGACCCACGACGAGGCCGACCUCGGCGAGGACCUCGAUGAGCCCCCCGAACAACAUAUCCUCCACGCGAAACCCAUUCACCCCGAAGAUGGCAGGAUAUUCGCCCGGCCCACGAUGAGUGAGCGCCAGGAGUCCUUGCUUACACGCGCCCUGAAGAGCAGCCCCGAAAUGUCACCUACCGAACCUCAAACGCCACCUCACGACUCUACCUACACCUAUCGCUCCUACCCUCACAGCAACAUCAGCGGCAUUUCGACGGCCGAGCUGACGAGUGAUGGCGGCCAGACCAGCCCGUCUUUGUCAAACACCCCGAGCCCGCCACUUCCCUCGCAGAUGAUGGCCAACAAAAAGGAAACCGCACCCAAAGUCAAGGUCGUCAACCCCAGUGAGACCACCGUGGAGGCAAACCUGGGACGCAAGCGCUGCAUCAGCUUUGCCUGUGGCCGGAAAACCGACCAGACACCUCAGCAGAAGCCUGCUGCGCCACCCGCUCCGGCUCCUAAGGAAUCUGAAGAACCUACUCCUGAACCUCCCAAGCGCCAAACUACCCUUACCUUUGUCUGCCCGGGGCGUCAGACAAAGACUCAGACCCCCAACAUUCAAAGAGAACACUCUCCGGCUCAUAAACUCGCUUUCCGGUCCCGAUGCCGCGGUUCCCCUGCCCCCAUCUCUCGCAAGACCUCGCCACCUGCUGAGAGCUCCAAAGCACUGGAAGUGCCUACCGCAUCGACCACGACUAGCUCCAAGGCAGUUCCUACCAGUGGAUUGGGGAAAUUUGAGGAAUCCGAAGCGACUCGAUUCCACGAGUUUGCUAGUUCCCUGGACGAGGACGACGAAUGGGUGAACAGAGCUACGGACUACAAGGAGAAGAUUACUAUGAAUGACUGCAUGAAGAAGGAGAUUGCUAUUCGCAAGUUGGGCGAAGAGGCAGAGGAGGAAGCGGAAGAUGAGGACGAUGAUGACUUGGACAUCGCUGAUGAUGACUCAACGGUUCACGACUUUUCGGAUGACGAUGGAAACGAGUCGGAUAACGAGGCUGGCUUCGCUGACUCGGAUGAGAGUGAUGAUGAUGGCGACUAUGAGUUUUGGGCUCCGUCUGCCGCCGCCUCUGACUCAAACGUCCCCUCGAUCGAGGUGUUCCCCACCACGAUGGAGCGACGUGCAUCCAAUACUUCCCUCGACUCCAUGACCGACGAUAACCAGAAAUGGCUGCCCGCGCCCGUGCAGAGAUCCGCCGGACGUCGGAGCUCCUCCUCCAAGCCCAAGCCGAUCAAGAUGCGCCCAGGUACACCGAACUUGCCCGACAGCACCGAUUUUGUCUGUGGUACUUUGGAUGAGGACCGUCCUCUCGAAGCUGCUUACAAAUCCUGCAUGGAACAACGACGUCUCUCGAAGCAAGUCCUCAUACCGCAAGACAUCGACCCCAGCUUCCCGACCAGUGACCCCGAGGACAACGGUGAUCUCGAGGACAUUUCGGAAAGUGCCUUGGAUAGCGUCGUGUUGGAGCCCACUCGUGGUCGGACCGAUGACCCAACUCACAAGACUUCGCCGCGACACUCCCCCAAGCGCAUCAUGUCUCCGCCGCCGCCGUCUCGUCGGCAUGGACGCACCUCCCCCAAGCGUCUCAAGUCCCCACCUCCUCGCAUUCGGGCCAAGUCGCCCUCACCGGAGAAGUGGAACUUGACCGAGGACAUGCCUGUGGUCGACUCUCCUCGUGGUGUCAACAUUAGUCACUUGGUUCAGCGCCAGCCCCUGGUCCGCACCAACUUGGAACGGACUGGUCGUUGGCAGGGUAUUUCUACCCUCACCGAGUCUCCGGAGCGUGAGCAGUCGCGUACCCGCGAGUUACUGCAUACCCGCGGCCCAAUCGAUAUUGUCGAGGGCCUUGAAAAGAAGCGUCAGAAGCGCAAAGAAAAGUUCUGGCGCCAACAUUGCCGCAAAGCUGCCAAAGAGCAGAUGGUGCGACGGCCGAUUCCCGGCAAGGGAGCCGAACGGAUGAAGGAGCUUGGCCUCGAAGUUGCUGAGAGGUGCAGAGCUUACGGCGUCGGUCAAGACGCCCAGCUCGUCCUAUCUGUUUGA